AUGAAGAAUCAAAACAUCUUUGAUUUCUUCAUAAAGAAGAAUGAUGAAUCAACAAGUGAUUUAAAUGGGUCAAAUAACAUAUCUCCUUAUAUUUCAGAACCAGCAUCUACUAAAAGACCAAGACUUGAAAAUGAGACUCUUGAUGAACUGCUUCCGAAUUCGAGUAACAAUUUGCAAUAUGUUUCUGAUCCUGGAAUUCACAUCCCAAUUUUACAACAUCCCAUUGAACUUCAAGAUGAGGUAAGAAGAGCAUAUAUUGAUAAAGGGCCAAUUCAACCUAUAUAUGAUUAUCCUUUUACUGAAUGUGAAGGUCAAAAGCGUAGAUUCCAAUCUUAUUGGUUUCAAAAAUAUCCUUGGCUUGAAUUUUCUAUUGAGAAACAAAGUGCAUUUUGUUUCCCUUGCUAUGUUUUUGACACUAACUCAGCACAAUUUGACACAUUCACUGUCACGGGAUUUAAAAAUUGGAAAAGAGUUAAUUGUAAAAAUUGUCCAUUCAAGAGACAUGAAGGAGAUGGGAAUUCAAGACAUAGCUUUGCCAUGCGAAAAUGGGGAGAUUUGAAAAAUCUUGAUCAACAUAUUGAUAGAAGAUUAGAAAAACAAUCUUCUAAGCAAAUUGAGCAAAAUCGGUUGCUCUUAAAGGUGUCCAUAGAAAGUGUGAAGUUUCUUGCUAUUGGAAAUUAUUUGGAAUUGGUAGCUUUGUUGGGAAGAAUGAAUCCAGAAAUUGGUAGUACUUUGGAAAAAACAUCUAAAAAUGCAAAGUACACAUCACCAGAAAUUCAAAGAGAGAUUUUGAAAAUUAUUGCUGAUAUUGUGAGGGAUAAAAUUCGUGCAGAAAUUGGAGAAGCCAAGUUUUGUAUCCUCGUUGAUGAAGCAAUUGAUGAGUCAAGUAAAGAACAAAUGGCUAUCAUUUUAAGAUAUGUUGAUCGGGAUGAGUUCAUUAGAGAACGAUUUUUUGAAGUUGUUCACGUUGAAAAUACAAGUGCAUUAACUUUGAAAAAAGAGAUAUGCAAUGUAUUCAACCAAUACAAUCUGUUAACUGAAAAUCUAAGUGGGCAAGGCUAUGAUGACGCAAGUAAUAUGCGUGGGGAAUGGAAUGGACUCCAGGCUUUAUUUCUUAAAGAUUCUCCACAUGCUUAUUAUAUUCAUUGUUUUGCUCAUAGACUACAACUUGCUUUAGUUGCAGUUUCUAAAGAGUUUCAAUUGAAAUCUAUCCGAAAAGCUGAAAUUAAUGAUUUGAUAAAAUUGGGAGAAAUUGACACUGGUACUGGAUCUAAUCAAGAUUGUUCUUUGGUACGAGCUGGAGCUACUCGUUGGAGUUCACAUUUCAACUCUGUUAAGAGAUUCAUUAGUUUGUUUGGUUCAGUGAGUACACUUCUUCAAGAUCUUGUCGACAAAGGUCCCAAUAGUAACAUUCGAGGAGAGGCUAAAGAUAAGUUGUGUCAGACAUUACAGAAGAAUGACAUAGAUAUUUUGAAUGCUAUAAAUUUGGUUUCUACUACUAGACUAAAUCUUCAACAGAUCCGAGAUGAUAGAUGGGAAGGAUUUCUUUGGAGUGUGUUGAAGUUUUGUGAAAGCAAUGAUGUUGAGGUGCCAGACUUUGAUGAUCGCUACACACGAGGUACAAAACGUUCUUGCAAGCAGAAAAACAAUAUAACAGUCCAUGAUCACUAUCAUUUUGAAAUAUUUAAUGCAGUAAUAGAUUUUCAGUUGAUGGAAUUGAAUGAAAGAUUUCCAGAGGGCACAAUAGAACUUCUUACUCUCAGUAAUGCUUUGAGUCCCGUUGAUGGAUUCAAAUCAUUUUCUUUGCCUGACAUUUGUUCUCUUGUUGAUAAAUUUUACUACUAUGAUUUCAAUCUAGAAGAAAGAGGAGAUUUGGAGAGAGAAUUAGAUCAUUAUAAAUUUGAUAUACCGUGUCAUGCGCAGUUUCAGAAUCUUAAUUCUUUGCAUCAUUUGUGCCAAACAUUGGCCAGAACGACAAAGUCAGUUAUCUAUCCUUUGAUUGAUAGGUUGGUUCGAUUGGUUUUGACUCUUCCAGUUUCUACAGCAACUACAGAACGAGCCUUUUCAGGGAUGAAACUCAUUAAGACGUCACUUCGUAAUAAAAUGGAAAAUGACCUUAUGGCCAAUACCAUGGUUGUUUAUAUAGAGAGGGAUAUUGCUUCAGGUAUUGAUACAGAAUUUAUCAUAAACAAUUUUGAUGUAUUGAAAAAUCGCAAAAUACGGCUUAAAUAA